AUAGUUUGAACUUUGAAGGGGAGGUUGUUCCACCUUUUUUCUUUUCAGACUAAAUUAUUGCGGCGGACCCUUAAGCUAAUUGAAUGCCUAUCUACUGCUAGUUCUGUUCCACUAUCUAUUGUUAUUGCUCUUGCCAGUGUGACAGCCUCUACAUAUGUAUAUGGGCACUUUCAUUUUUAGGCGUGGGCAGUUAGUAACAUUAAGGAUGUGUGUAAUCGUUGCUAGCUAGGGCACUUCAAGUAAAGUUCUCCAAAUCAGGAAGUGUAAAAGAGCCAAAAGGGGAAAAUAAACCAUAAUGGAACACAACAAGUUGAUGAUUAUCAGCUUCUUGGAAAAUCCUUUGCUUGUUUUUUUCUUACUACUUUUAGCACUAAAUUACUCUUAUUUCAUUGUUUCAAAGCUACCAAAAGGUAUCCCAAGAAUACUUGCUCUUGCACCAGCUUUCUACCUUUUGUAUCUUUUCCCUUGGUGCUUCUCAUCUGCAUUAAUCAGAGGUAUUUUGUCUUUCUUCAUAACUUGGAUUACUUCUUUCAAACUCAUCCUUUUUUGUUUCAAUAGAGGCCCUCUUUCACAAUGCAAAAACCCCAUUGACUUUAUACUCAUUUCCAUUUUCCCACUCAAAAUUCCGAGGGAGGUCAGUCAGAAAUAUGAGAUUUCCAAUGGAAAGUCCGUCAGAAAAGCUUCUGACAAGCCAAUUAGUGACGGAAAAAUUCCAAGAGAUGUUCGGGAGAAAUAUGGGAUUUCCAAUGGAAAGUCUGUCGGAAAAGCUUCUGACAAGCCAAUUUCCAACGGAUCUCCAAAUUCACUUGUUCUUAGUAGUAAUAGUAUAUAUGCAAGGUAUGAGGUGGAAGAGAUUUUUAAGCAGCCAUAUUUGGCUACAUCUUUUCAAGAUUUCUGGGGGAGGAGAUGGAAUCGAUACUCGUCGAAAAUGUUGAGGUUAACUAUCUAUGAUCCAACUAAUGAAGCCCUCAAGAAUCUGAGUUUUGUUGGUAAAAAUACAGCAAGAGUAUUGGCAAUUGUGAACACAUUUGUCGUAUCAGCUAUAAUGCAUGAGCUCAUGUUUUACUACAUUACAUGUGGUUUAUGUUUAAAACCAACAUGUGAAGUGAUGUGGUUCUUUAUAUUGCAAGGAAUUUGCAUCUCUUUUGAAAGAGUGUUCCAGGCAAAGAAUUGGAUUAUUAUGGAUCCAAGAGUUUCUAUACUACUCAAACGGAUCUUCAUUGUUUUUUCUUUCUACUUUUUGCUAGUUUUACCAGUGAUGAGGGAAGGAAAUAAUACAUGUGAAAUCACCAAAUGAUAGAUGGGACUUGUACAAAAGGCUCAGUGAGUGGUACUGUCUGACCCUCCUUGCACGGUGCAUCAAUCACAUGUCUUACAUUGCUACGUCGUUGCAAACUUUGAGAAUUGACGGAUAGAUCCCGGGGAGUUUAGAAAAAGAGUUUAGUUUAAUUAUAUGUUGAGGUUUCUAUUUUUACUUUGGUCUUAUCCCUCACUAACAUGUUCUGAAGAGGUAUAUGUAUUGAGCUAGUUGCUCAUAUUGAGCAUAUUAUUUAAUGGAAAUUUAUUAGCUCUUCCUUAA